AUCAAAACAGUUAGAUCCAUUACCACUGUCAGAGUGAUAAAAGCAGAAAAGAGAGAAACUGUAUUUUACAAUUUUUAUUCAGUCCAAGAUUAUCUGAGAAGUAAUGAUGAUUUACAAGAAAUUAUUUAGUAUUUUGUCAGUGAUAUCACUAUCUACAAUUUUAAAAGUAAAUGGAGAUGAUUCACCGAGCAUAAUUAUUGUAGGUGCAGGGCCUUCUGGAAUCUCAGCUGCAUCAAAACUUUUCCAAAAUGGAUUUAAAAAUAUUAAAAUUCUUGAAGCCGAAAAUAGAAUUGGUGGCAGAGUUUAUACAACACAAUUUAAAAAUUACCUAAUUGACAUGGGUGCUCAAUGGGUGCACGGAGAAAAAGGAAACGUUGUAUUCGAAAUGGUCUGGCCACUUGGAAUAUUAGAAAGAAGUAACAUAACAAGUCGUCGAGACGUUAUAUUCGAUUCUGCAGGAAAUAAAUUAGAUCAAGCUGUUAUUAAUGAUUUUUAUGAUUUUCACCAUGAAUUAACGGAAAAUUUAUCAGAUUAUGCUGAAGAACACAAAAACGCUUCUGUAGGCGAAUACUUUACCAAUGAAUUCAACAAAUAUUUUGACUCUCAUCCACAAUUUAAAGAAAAUGAAAAGGGAAUGUUCCAUUUACUAGACAUGAUGACAAUGGCUGGUGACGCUGCAGAUACUUGGUGGGAUGUUUCAAUAACAAGUUCAUUAGAAUAUCAUGAUAAUGCUGGUGAUUAUUUGGUCAAUUGGAAAGAGCGUGGUUAUGGCACUAUUUUGGACAUACUGAUAAAACGUUUUCCAAAUUCCGAAGAGGAAUUGCCUGUUUUAAAUAAUACAGUCUUGAAUGCAGAAGUUACAUUAAUUGACUACACGAAUCAAAGUGAAAAAGUUACAGUGAAAACUGCAAACGGAGACACCUACUCUGCGGAUCAUGUCAUCUUCACAUGUUCCUUGGGAGUUUUAAAAGAUAAACACCAUUCAAUUUUCAAGCCUGCUCUCUCAGAUGAAAAACAAAAGACUAUUGAAGCACUUGGAUUUGGAAUUGUUGGGAAGAUUUUCCUCUAUUUCGAAGAACCAUGGUGGUCUAACAAUACUUCAGAAUUUACAUGGCUUGAUUUUCUUUGGAAAGAUGACGAUUUAGAGCAAAUAAAAAAUAAUCCGGAAAAGAAAUGGCUCCUCGGUUUAGUUGGUUUUGGAUUAGUGGAACACAAAGCAAAAUUACUCGAAGGAUGGCUGUCCGGAAAUUAUACUCGAGAAAUGGAGAAACUUUCGGAUGAACAAAUUUUAAAAGAUUGUAUUGAAGUUUUACAAAGAUUUGCUGGAAAAACACACAAUGUUACUUCACCCAGUGCAGUAAUUCGUACUAAAUGGGGCAGUAACAGUCAUUUUCAAGGUACCUACAGCUACAGAAGUAUGAAAUCUAACACCGAAAAUGUUUGGGCGAAAACAUUAGCAGAACCGAUUGAUGAAAAGAAAUUGAAAGUUCUGUUUGCUGGAGAAGCUACAAAUCCUCAUCGCUUUAGCACAGUUCAGGGAGCAAUUGAAACUGGUUGGAGAGAAGCUGAUAGAAUUAUUAAACAUUAUCCAAAAGCAAGAAAGUAGAAGCAAAUUUUCAAAUUUCUUAUCUUAUUUUAAAGAAACAUUUAAUUAAAAAAUUGUGCAAUCCAACAUGAAUGUAGAUCAAAAUAAUGUUAAGAAUACUUCGAUUUUCUUUUUCUCUUUUCUAAAUUAUUCACUAAAUAUAUUUCGUUUAAAUCUGAAA